CUGAUCUCACAGCGAUUAUGCCUUUAGGUUUCUUCCUUCUGCUUCUUUUUACAGCUUUCCCAGAUGCGGUUGCUGAGACCCUGAGGCACAGCUCAAAGAAUAAAACUUCUAUUGAGAUAUAUGAAAACAUUCGAGGAAACCCAGUAUCUGGUCCUGCAAAAUGUAGCUUUGAGGCUGUCUUAAAAUACCUGAACAUGACCAAUAACAGUGAAAUUUACACUUUAAGCCGACCUGUAAAAAACCACAACCAUUCAUCAUGGAUCUUCCUUGAAGUGAAAGUCUAUGCAAUUCUUGAUGUGAGAGAAACUGACCAGUCUUUCAUUUCAUAUAUUUGGAUUUAUCUGAGAUGGGACAAUGAACAUAUUUGGUGGAAUCCAGAAGAUUUCUGUGGGCUUGAUCACAUCUUAGUUCCAACUCAACUUUUGUGGAUUCCUGAUCUGACCAUUGAAGAAAUGACAGAGCAGGACAAAGCCUCUCCGAGUCCUUAUCUCAACAUCAGAAGUCACGGUUGGGUUGAAUAUAGAAAUGACCAGGUGGUUAUCAGCACCUGCAGAAUGCAGGUGUAUAGAUUCCCCUUUGACAUUCAGAGCUGUAACAUCUCCUUCAAGUCAAUAAUGCACCCUGAUGAAGAGAUAAUGUUAUACUACAACACCAACGACACAGAGGUGACAGAGUGGUCACGUGAAGCCAUGCAGAUGCAGUCUGAAUGGCUGUUUAUCAGCAUGACAGUCACAAACAAAACAGUCAGCCAUUUUGGCUUCAACCAAACAAUGAUUAUCUACACUAAAAACAUGAAGAGGAGAUCUGUCCUCUAUAUUGCAAACUUCUUGCUUCCUGUUUUCUUUUUUUUGUGUCUGGACUUUGGCUCCCUCUUGAUGUCAGACACCAGUGGUGAAAAGGUUGCCUUUAAAAUCACUAUUCUGCUGUCAGUCACAGUGAUGCAGCUCAUCCUAAAUGACAUUCUUCCCUGUUCAUCAGACAGGAUCCCCCUAACAGUGGCUUACUGCAUUGGGAUUUUCACUCUCAUGCUAAUAAGUCUCUUAAAGACUAUUUUGGUGAUUUAUCUAACUGAUAAAGAUGCACAACAGGACAACGAAACCCAGUAUAAUCAAGAGGAAAAACUGAAAAUAGUCCAAAGCUGUUUCACAGGGCUAAAGAAACAGAGCCAUGUAGAAUCAGUUAAAAAAUUGUCAUUCGAUGAAAUGCCAUCUUUGAACAAACAGGAAAGCACAACCAAACAUAUGGAGGUGCCCCUCGCAAUGGAGGACAUAUCAGAUGAGCUCAGAGAGAGCAAGAAAAAAAUAAAUCUCCUCUGCAAUGGACAUGAAGAUAAGAAACCUUACUACUGGACCAGAGUGGCUCAAAAAAUCAACAAUGUGUUUGUUUUUAUUUACAUCUUAUCAGCCAUCCUGUUUUUGUCAACUAUUGCUAUAAUGUGGUAUCCUGCUUCUGGAGAGAUAUAGAAAAAUAAUAUGUGAUCGCAUUAACACUUGUAUUACUCUGAAUAGUAGAAACAAUAAUUUUGGGGAUAACUUUUUUGCGGAGUAGUUACGCCCCCAUGCUAGCAGUUGAUGUAACGUCCUAUGACACAGAAUAGCGAUCACAGGCAGUUGCGAUUGGGACAGUCCUUUAGAGUGAAAUAAAUUACUAGAAUCAAUAUAUUAUAAUGGUUCAGUCAAAAAAUCCAUUCACUAAAUUACUAAGUUCAUGUAGCUGUGAUCGGUCCUUGGUAUGCCUUUCUGGCUGUCUGUGUGGUCGUCCUUCUUGAUUCGGUGCAGGAGCGUGCCAUUUUUAAAAACUGAGGAGUAAUAACAACAAUGGACAAAGGUUGAUUGAGGAGGUUCAGAAGUACAACCACUUGUACGAUGCCUCAGACAUGUUGUUUUGGAAAACAAACACUCCCGCCGGCACCGCCGAAGAAGUUCUUGUGACCAUCCGCCGAAGUUCUCGCAAGUUCUCUAAUAGUGUCAUGAUUUUCUUAAGGGAUCUGACCCACAUGCAGUAAACCACUCAGAGAACCAGGGUAAAAGUGUUAACAGGUUUAUUAAUAAGAUCAGCGGGGGUUGGAUUCAGGAAGCUCAGUGUAUUGGUGAACUGGAACUGGAAGAGGGAAGGGAAGUAUCAGUGGUUAGUUCAGGAUCCUUGGGGACUUUGAACGAUGACUUAGAGAGACAGAGAAAACGGGACUCACAUUAGUGGAGAAAACUUUCUUCCCAGAAUCGGAUGAGUCGGAGUCGGUG